UAUUGAAAUAUAACCACAAUGGUUAUAGAACAUCAUGUGAGUGGAUACGAAGAUUUUAAAAAAUUUAUGGCAGAUUUUGAUAGUGAUGGUAAAAAUAUUCAUGUUUAUUUUACCGGCACUAAAUUACCUUCAGGAAAUAGCUGGUGCGAGGAUUGUCAACGUGCAUACCCUGUACUUCAGGAGGCACUAGUAUCAACAAAAACAAGUUCUCAUUUAAUCUACGUAGAAGUAGGGGAUAGACCUAUUUGGAAAGAUAUAAAUAAUUCAUUUAGGAAAGAUCCUGAGACCAAUUUAUUAGUUAUACCAACUCUAAUAAGGUGGAAAGGGCCCCAAAAAUUGGAAGGGUAUCAGUGUGAAAAGAAAGAACUAGUAGAAAUGCUGUUAACUGAUGAUGAAGACUGAAAGUUAUAUGCCAUAGACCGAAGUCUACAGUGCAUUGUCAAUUAUAUACAAUAGAUGUACUAAGAAAAUUUAUUCUUGUAUGUAAUGUAUUGUAUCUUUAAAACAUGAUAUGUUUAAAUAUAUUAUUUGAUUUAGUCGAAAUAAACGCUUUAAAGAAUA